CGUCAAAUAUGGCGACUUGUUUUGCCAACUGGACAAAGUCUUGUCAAUUGGAAAAAUAAUGCAAUUUUCGUAUUGUUUACGUCUAUUUCACCAUACUAUUCCUUCUGCGAUAUCAUAAACGUGCUAUGUGAGACAGUUCAACACAAACAAACAUGUCGUGGCUCAAUCUAAACCAGAGUUUGAGCAGUCUAAAAGGGCAGAUCACAAAUUUUGCUACUGAAGUGCUAUCUGAACCUUCUGCUGAAAGCAGUAGUGACCUAACUGCUAGUUCAGGCUCUUUGGUGAAGGAGCUUGAAGACAAAUGCCAUAACCAGGAGCUCGAGAUUGCAGCUCUGAAGAAGCUUACAGAAGAGUUGCAGGCUUCAUUGCAAUCGGAGAAGUUCUCCCGAAAAAAUGGGGUCAAAGAAGACGAGUCCAGUUGGUACUGGGAUCCCCCGCCUCAAACGAAACCCCUUGACCAUGAACUCGAAAACCAAUACCAAGUACAAAUACAAACGCUACAAAAUGAAUUAUCCACCAUGAGAGAGAGAGAUACCUUCGACCAUAAACCUGAAGAGGAGGAGUUGCACAGGCUCAGGGAGGAAAACAAAAACCUCACGACGAACCUAGAAGACUUAGACAGCCAACAUCAAAUGGCAAUGGAAAGGCUUCUGUCGCUAAAGAAAGAGCUGCAAAAAAACUUCGAAGUGCUGAAACAAGAACACGAAGAUUUGAAAAGCUCCAACGAUGAGUAUGCUCUUGAACUCAAAACUUUGCUACUAAAAUUGGGCGAAAGGGAUAAAGAAAUCGAGAGUUUAAAAACUGUGAAAUCAGAUUUCGACACGCUUCACCAUAAAUAUCAAAAUUUAGAAAAGAUACACAGUCUGUUGAGGGAAAACGCUGAAAAAUUCCAAGAAGAAAAUCAAGAUUUACACGAAGAGGUGUUCAAAUUACAAGAACAAGUCACGAAAUUGGAACACGAUGUAGAAAUAGCAACAAAGAAUACUGAACUUUCUAAUAUGGUGCCAAGAGAACGUUAUGAUGAGCUGAUGAAGGAACUGAAUGAUUUGAGAAGUAGGCGGAACUCAAAUCAGAUACAUUUAGAUGAAAUUAAUAUUGACGAUAACGCCAAAAGUGUCAUAGAGAAUUUGAAACGGGAAAUUAGUGAGUUAAAACACAAAUUAGCUCAUAGACAUGAAAGUCAAGAUAAUUCAGAUAAUAAAACUAUUAAGCCUGAAAGAAUCAUUCAGCUGUACAACAAGUAUGUUAACUUCGAACUUCCUGUCGAUUUGGUCGGGGAAAUACCCGCGCCUGGCGAUAAUGUAGUCAUGUAUAAAUUAGAAAGCGUGUUCAAGACAGUCCAUUCAUUUAAAAAAGAUAUCGACACUUUGGAACAUAAACUCUCGGAGAAAAAUCUAAAUAUCAGUCAUUUACAAACACAAGUAGAUGAUCUCGCCACAGAAAACGAUUAUCUCCACGGCGACGUCAAACAUUUUGAAAGAGAGUUUAUCGAAGCGAAAAAGAACAAUGAUUUUCUGUUAACUGAAAUAGCAGUUUUAAAAAACACCUCCAAAUUAGAACCCAUAAGUGAAACGCACGAAGAUAACUAUGCAAAAUUGGAAACAGAAUUAGCUGAUUGUAAUAAAAUGAAUAAAACAUUUGAAUCCGAAAUUAAACGGAUAGAAAAUGAACUAAAUGAAGUAAUGACUGAGAAAGUGGUGCUACAGGAAAGUUUGAGUGAUUUAAGAAAUAAGUAUACAACAAUGUUAAAUGAAUUAGACAUGUGUAGGACUCGAGGUAAAGAAGUGGAAGAGCUAGAACAUAAUGCAAAUGUGGAGCAAAAAAAACAACUGGAGGAAACUACAGAUGAAGUGGAUGAGCUCAAAAAACGUUUGAGUGCAGUCAACGCUAAAAAUGUGGAAUUGGCAAUAGACUUUCAUAUUAUAGAGAAUGACAAAGUGCUACUUACAAAAGAAGUUGAUGAACUAAGAAAUGCUUUAAAAGAAAAAUCUAAUGAGCAUAAAGAAUUGGAAGUUAUGAAAGUAACUUUAGAUCAUAAAUUAGAAGAUCUUGAAAAUAAACUUGAUGAGGUCAUUAAACAUAAAAAUGAGAUUGAAGAUGAUAAAAUUAAGUUAGAGGAACAGGUUAAAAUCCUGGAAAAAGAAAUAGAAAUGUUCAAUCAGACGACUACAAAAGAGGUCUUAGAUAAACUUGAACUGGAAAAAAACAAAACAAGUACUCUCCAACAUGAGAAUUCAAUGUUACUGGAAUCGGUUGAGCAACGGAAAUCUGAAUUGAAUAAUUUAAGACGCCACCAGGUAAAGUUAGAAUCUGAAAAUGAGUCAUUAAAAAAUAUCAAUCGGUCUAAUACCUCGAGUGCUGUUUUACUCCAACAAACACUUGAAGAGUUAAAAGCUAAGACUGUCCAAGAAGAAGUCCUAAAUAAUGAAAUUUUGGCACUAAAAGAAGAAAACAAGAAUCUUACUGAGAGAAAACUUCAAAUAGAAGCCGAGCUGUCGUCGACUGAUUCCAAAAUAGUGCGUUUAGAAGAAGAAUUCGAUAAGUUAAUUGCAGAUCUAAAUGAGAAAGAUACUCUAAUAGAUAACCUAAACGCCACUGUUGGGGCUAACAAUGUAACGUUGCAGAAUUUAAACCAAAACGUUGUAGAUCUUGAAAAUAGUGUCGCCAUCAAAAAUGGAGAGAUUGAACAUCUUAAUGCAGCACUGAAUACUACUCAACAAAAUCUCAACGAGGCCAAUAAAUUGGCUGCAAACGCCUCAGAAGAGCUAAAGAAAUUGCAGAGCGAAAAAGAAGAAAUAUCCAAACAGAUAUACUCGCUACACGACGAAAUUGCGACCAAAAAUUCUCAAAUAUCAAACCUAACAUCCCGUUUAGAAGAGCUAGAGAAAAACGGAACUGAUUAUAACCAACUAUUAGUAACAAAAGACAAAGAAAUUAAGGAGCUAAAUCAGUCAAUAGUCGAAGCUGCCGACAAAUUGAAAGUCACAGAAAACGUCAGCCUUCAGAAUGACGAAUACGCAAGAUUAGUUCAAGAGAAAGAAACAAUAGAAAAAGAGGUCUCCGAACUAAGGAAUUCUGUUGUCACGAAAGACAAUGAAAUCCGAGAGCUGAAUGGUAAGUGUGAACAGUUGGAAAAGGUAUGCGUGGAGUACAAGACGGCCAUAGAUAAUGCUACGACUGAAAGGACGGAGUUGAUCAACUUAUUGAAUUUGAAACACAAUGAAAGUAUGCAGUAUCACGGUGAAAUACAAAGAUUGAAUCACGUGAUAUUGGAGCAUACAAACGAAUUCAAAAGGGUCAUCGAAGAGAAAGAUCGGAUGUUGCAGAAUAAUUCUGAAUGUUGUUCUGACUGUGAGAGGCUGAGAAUUACGAUGAAAGAAAAGGAUGAGAUUAUAAUGAAUUUGACUCACAACCCAAGCGACCAAGAGGGGCUCAGAACUGAGUUGCUAAAUGCGAGCGAGUCGAUUAAAGUCUUGACUGAGAAGUGUGACAAUCUGGACAAGAGCUUAGCGAUACAAUUGGAGACGGUCAAGAGACUGACAGCAGAAAACGUACAGUUGUCAGAACAAGAGCAGAACUCGUCGAGGGAGCUGGAACGACUGCGACACCACCUGGUGGAGACUGAAGAGAGUUACACACAAGAGCUGAUGACGGCUGAGCAGAAGCUGACCGAGUGUCAGACACGGCUGCACCAGAUUGAGGAGAGGGCCAAGCAGAAUACCACUGUUUAUACUAGCAACAGCAUUCGCGCAAACCAAGAAGUGGAAACGCUCAGAACCCAGAUCAAGUUGUUAGAGAAGCAACGCGAAGAAGUCCAGGCGAGGUUGAGCGAAGCUGAAGACGCACGUAGCAGAAGCGAGGUGGCCUUGACCAAUCUUCAGGUGGUCUUGGAGCAGUUCCAAUUAGACAAAGAGAGAGACAUACAUGCAGCUACCGAAAAGAUCAGAAACAAAAUGGAAGACCUAAAGCGAGAAAAUCACGGUCUUCAGGACGAAAUAGCCAGGCUCAAUUCUAGGCUAGAAGAAGCUUUGGCAGGCCUUCAAGCCGCUUCCAGGCUUGGAGACCAGGUGGAGACUAAGACAGCUCAGAUCAAUGAUUUGAAAGAGCAAGUGAGAACCCUCCAGACUUCAGUAGCGGCGGCCGAGGAGAGGUACUACAACGCAAUAUCGAACCAGCAGGACAAGGUCGACAAGAACCUGGUGAAGAACCUUAUCAUCAACUAUGUGAUGACUACCAACAGCAGCAAUAACAAAACCCAAGUCCUCCGGAUCCUCUCAACAGUGCUAGACUUCAACCAGCAAGAGUGUGAGAAGCUAGGUCUAGUCAAGGCCGUCAACGCGACCGACAGUUUAGCAGCGGAGUUCGUCAAGUUCUUACAAAACGAGUCCAGGCCAAGAGCAGCCUUGCCUAAUAUGAUGGGCAUAGCACAGUCCAGCAGUAGAAGCACCACGCCUACUUCUAGAAGAAGUUCUACGCUUGGUAAGUAUUUAAAAAGCUUGCAGAAGUUUUAUCUCCAGAACGAGUCCAGGCCAAGAGCUGCCUUGCCUAACAUGAUGGGCAUAGCACAGUCCAGCAGUAGAAGCACCACGCCUACUUCUAGAAGAAGUUCUACGCUUGGCCCAAACCCCACCCCACAAGAGUUAGGCCACAAACGGAACCCUUCAACUGGCUCCAACAACCUCCUCUUCCAAAACAUCGACGCCAUAGAGACCAGCUCUACCUUGUCUGUGGACUCCGACCAUAGAGACCCGAGAGUCGUGACGCAAAUGGACACUGGAGUUAACCAGACCAGAAACACAGAGGGCGCUAUUUUGAAACACGUUUUGAAGGAUAUGUGA